GCCCAAAACCUAACCUCCAAAUAAAAUCCUAUGGAAAUUGUUGAUGGUCAAUACCGGUGUUUGACAGGAGCUCUGCCAAAAUCUACCAAAGGCUCUCUGCUAAAAGCCUAAAAGCCUGCCAAAACCCUGAACCCAAGAGACAAAAGAAAUCUGUAGAGCUUCAAACUUCGAAACUUCACCAUUGGCAAAAUCCCUUUCUGUAACCUCAAUGUCGCUUCUUUUCCUACGGCCAAAACUCGUCUCUUUUUUCACAGCAACUCAGUCCCUUCGCCUGUUGUCAUCAAAAUCCAAUAAUCUCAACAAAAAAUUGAUCUUUUCAAAGCCACUUUCUUCUAUUUUCUUCUCCACAACAUCUACUCCUUACCCGCUCCAAUAUGAUAUGAUCAUCAAUGCCCCAACUCAGUCCCAACCCACUCCAACUCGCCGCCGACUCAGUCGACCAGACUCACCCAACUCAGCUGAGGAAGAGAACCCAGAAAAAGAAUUGGGUUUUGAUUCAUGGGUAGAAAAGAAACUGACUUUGGAUGAUGAAAUGGACAAGUCUAAGCGGAAAUAUUAUAGAAAGAGAAGGAAAAGAAUGUAUGGGUCUGAUUCUGAAGAUGAUGAAAAGGGGAAAAAUGAAGAUGGGUUUGUUGAAUUGAAGCCUAAAGUUGUAGAAUUCGAUAGGUUACAUGAGAGGGAAGAAGAGCUUUAUUUUUAUGAUACAUUUGCAUAUCCUUGGGAAAAAGAUAAGCAUUAUAAAAUGGUUUAUCAAUUGGAGAAGAAGUAUUUUCCUGACCAGUGUUUUGAUAAGGCUUUUCUCGAACCUGGAAAGUCAAAUGAGAAAAACAAAGAUCAGGGAAAAAGUAAAAAACCUGGUGAUGAUAAGGAGGUGGAGGAUAAAGGAUUGGUGUUUUUUGAGGAAGAGGGAAAUUCUGGUAAGGAUGUGAAAAAGGAGGUUACUGAGAAGAAGGUGGAGGAGUUUUUUAAGUGUUUGAAGAAAGUUCCCUAUAACGAUACUGAGGUUAGUGCUGGGGAGCCUUACCUUGUUAGUAGGAAUACUGAGCUUCCCCCGAGAUGGGAUGGUCAGUACGGAACGGUAGUUUUGGUGAAUAAGCCUAAAGGAUGGACCUCAUUUACAGUUUGUGGGAAGCUGCGUCGCUUGAUCAAAGUGAAAAAGGUAGGGCAUGCUGGAACACUUGAUCCUAUGGCAACUGGUCUAUUGAUUGUAUGUGUUGGUAAAGCCACUAAGUUCGUAGAGAGAUAUCAAGGAAUGAUAAAGGGAUAUAGUGGAGUUUUUCGCUUAGGGGAGGCUACUUCAACUUGGGAUGCUGAUUCACCGGUUAUUCAACGUGAGCCUUGGGAGCAUAUCAAAGAUGAGGACAUAAAAAAAACUGCUGCAUCCUUCUUGGGGGAGAUAUGGCAAGUUCCUCCAAUGUUUUCUGCCAUCAAGGUUGGAGGUGAAAAGAUGUAUGACAAAGCAAGAAGAGGAGAAAGUAUUGAACUGUCACCCAGACGAAUUUCAAUUUUUCACUUUGACAUUGAGCGUAGCUUAGAAGACAGACAAAACUUGAUUUUCCGGGUCACAUGUUCAAAAGGAACAUAUAUCCGAUCAUUAUGUGCAGAUCUUGGGAAGGCUUUGGGCAGUUGUGCUCAUUUGACUGCUCUGCGAAGAGAUUCAAUCGGAGAAUAUUCAGCAGAUGACGCAUGGGAGUUCAAGGAACUAGAAGAGGCAAUCACUAAAGGUUAUUUCUAACUUGUAGUUGCACCCUUCUGCAUGUCAAAAAGCUUCAGAGACAUAACACUGAUGAUCAAUCAGGACUGAAAGCAGCAAUCUCCGGCAUUGGACUUAUUGAACUUUUCCUCCACCUUAUUCAUUUGUAACAAUAAAAAUUGUAAUAGCAUUCAGUUACAGAUGUAGUUAUAUCGUAUUAUGUUCAUUUUUUGGCAAGUUCUACAAGAUAAUGUUCAAGUUUGUAAAGAUUUUUCAUUUCCCGAGGUGAUUGUCUCACAUGAACGCUUAGCAAUCUAAGGGCAACUGCAAAUUUGAAAUCCUGUAGAACUUUGUAUUAUAUCAGAACUCAUCAAUGAGUACUUGUGGCAGCCUGUUAUUAGAACCUUUA